AUGAAGUUACGUAGUAAAUAUCUUUCAAAAUAUAGACAAUCCGUAGGUCCACGCAAUGAGAUCGACAGCAUGUGCCUCCCAGCUUUUCUCUUUCAAAGUUUUUUCGGACAAAAUGUGCUAAACCCAAAUUGGACGUGGAAAAAGUACUUCGUGCACCAGCUAUUGAAUUUGUUCCUCUUUAUUUACGUUUUAGUUGGAACUUUAGAGUGUCUUAAAUUAACAGACGAUACGGAGUUGGAGGCGGAAGCGUAUUACACAAUAAUAAUGAUUAUUAUAUUCCCAAUAAAAAUGGUAUUAUUCAUAAACAAUAGAUUUAUAUUUCGGGACCUGUAUGCAUCUGUGAAGGACACACUCAUGGACGUAAUACGGAAGAAUGCUGAAGCUGAUGUCAAAAACAUUAUCAAAACUGGAAACAGAAUUGUGUAUCUAUUAUUCUGCAUGGUUAUUUUGCCAGUUUCUACAUACGAACUAACAACUCUAUGGAAUUACAUAGUUGGAACGCGAAUUCUCCUAUCGAGAUCUACAAUGAUCUUAAUGCCCAUGUCCACUCCGUUCUACGAAGUAGCUUGGUUCUUGCAUACAAUAUUCCUAUUCGAAAUUAGUAGUACGAUUAUAUUGGAUUUGUGGUUUGUGUUAUUGCUUUUUUUCUUAUGCGCUGCAUUUGAUGGACUAGUUGUCAUGCUUAAUGGGAGGCAAAAUGAUUUACACAGCGAAGAUGAUGCUGAUCAUCUUAAUAAGACUUUACGUAAUUUUUAUAAGACGCAUUUAAAGUUGAAUCAGUGA